AUGAGUACAGGAUUGACUAAGAUGAACCCGUAUUGUUAGAUAAAUCGUGUACAAUUGAGAAAUGGGAGUGUGGGACCUAAAAUUUAACCAAAAAGGAGGUUGGACUCUGAUCUCAAUUCAUCAUAAAUCACUCCUUCUUACAAAGUAGGUUUUCUUUAGAUUUAGCACACACCAACUAAUUUUGAGAGAUGCAAUUUAGACGUUUUUGAGGAUAAGUCUAAACCAACAGAUUCAUCAAUGAAUUCAACACAGUUGCGAAAGAGCCCUUCAUUUAGGAUGAAGAAUUAUCGUCAUAUAACUCCAGGAGCAAGAGAUGAUAUAAGGAGACAGACCAAUUUUUAAAGUUCUGCUUUCAAAUAGAGAGUGAGUGCGAUGGAAUUACUUUAAUAUCAACUUGGUACUGACGAUGAAUAGUAGCAAAUUAGACACACAUAACCAAUAAAGAAGAUAGUCGCAACUCCUUCUUCAUCUAGUUAAACAACUUCUGUUCCAAAAUAUAAUAUUGAUCAAACUAUAUUGGAAGACAACAAAGAUGCCAAUCUGGAAGAAGUUCAUUUUUUUUAAGUGGAAAUGCAACAAAAGUACAAAAAAUGGUUAGAGAACAUUGAGAAGAAGUUAAAAAAAUGA